AUGUCUGGCUUCGGCGACUUCACCUCGAUCUGCGAGACGGCACCUCUGCCACUAUGCGCUUCAGUUGGACCUACACUUCAGGCGACCGGUCGUACCGGUAUUGAGCCAGAAUGCUAUGCUCGCAACAUCGAACUCGCCAACACCAUCAUUUUCGAGGGCGCUGCGUCCGUGAUGCACAUUGUUGCGCUCAUUAUGACCGUCAUUAUGAUUCUCCACGUCCGUAGCAAGUUCACCGCUGUUGGCCGCAAGGAGAUUCUCAGCUUCUUCUACCUCUAUAUGUUACUCACUGCUAUGUCUCUCAUUAUUGAUGCUGGUGUUGCGCCUCCAGGAAGCGACCCGUAUCCGUACUUUGUCAGUGUGCAGAAUGGACUCAGUAGUGCGGUUAUUACAUGUCUUUUGAUCAAUGGCUUCGUUGGUUUCCAAUUGUAUGAAGAUGGAACACCUCUCUCAGUAUGGAUGAUGCGCAUCAGUUCUCUGGCUGCUUUCGCUAUCAGCUUUCUCGUCUCCCUUGCAACCUUCAAGAGCUGGGCUGGACUCGGACCCACCAACACUGUUGGACUGUUCGUCGUUCUUUAUCUGUUGAAUGCUGUCCAGCUUUUCGUGUACGUGGCUAUGCAGAUUCUGCUUGUGACUAGGACACUGCAGGACCGAUGGCCUCUCGGCGAUAUUGCGUUUGGUAUCUUCUUUUUCGUGGCUGGUCAGGUCCUUCUCUACGCCUUCAGCUCGAAGAUCUGCGUCGCCAUCAGCCAUUAUCUUGAUGGUCUGUUCCUCGCGACAGUGUGCAAUUUGCUGGGCGUUAUGAUGGUUUACAAGUACUGGGAUUCGAUCACAAAGGAAGAUCUCGAAUUUUCAGUUGGUACAAGGAUGAACAACUGGGAGGUCAAGGAGCUGCUACCAGAGGAAGAACGAAGGGCGACUGUCUUUUCAGAGGACCCCUAUGCUCAAUCUAGCUCCUAUGAUCUGCCUUACUCGCCAGGCGCGGCACGAUACUCGGCCAAGUACUAA